CCUGGCGCCAGGCCGUCCCCGGGAACCCUGCCCGGCAGCGCCGCCACCCCCGGGGCCCGCCCGGCCGAGCCCAGCGCUCACUCGGCGCACGAAGCCACCGGGGGAGGGCGGCGAGAUGGCGGCGGCGGCGGCACUGCGGGCCGCUAAGCGGGAGCUGCGGGGGGAGCUGCGGCAGCGGCUGCGGGCGCUGGGCGCGGCGGAGAGGCAGCGCCAGUCCCGCCGGCUGAGUCGGAAGGUGAUAGGCCAUCCCAAGUAUCAGGAAUCCAAAAGAAUUGCAGUCUUCCUAAGCAUGCCAGAUGAAGUCCAAACAGAAGAAAUCAUUAAGGACAUUUUUGAGCAAGGCAAAGAGUGUUUCAUCCCACGUUACAAUCCUCACAGCAAUCACAUGGACAUGCUGAAGUUAUCAUCAGCUGAAGACAUUUCUUCACUUGCUUUGACAUCCUGGAAUAUUCUUCAGCCUAGUGAUGAUGACAAUACAAGAGAGGAGGCUCUUGCUGGUGCAGGGCAAGAACAAGACUGCACAGCUGAUCCAGCUGAAGGAAACUCAACCCUCUCAAUAAAUCAGCUUCUUGGUCCAAUUCAUGAACAUCCUCAGUGCAUUCUCAGCCAGCAUACCAUGGAGGCUCAUGAAGGAGAUGGGCUUGCUGAGCGUGGUUUAGGCUGCCAUUGAAAGUCAUGGGGAUUCACAGUUUUAGGAUGCACUCUGAGAACUUUAGUUUGUGCAUCCUGAAAGGUAGGGAACUUUUCAGGGGAUGUCUGUAGACAUGAGAAUUUUCUGAAAUCUUUGAUCCUGCAAAUUGUAUUGCAUGGAUGAAUCACAGUGCUGAUAUGGAGCCUGCCCAUGCAGAACAGCUCUCCAGACUGAGACCUUAGACUGAAAAUAAAAGGACUUUCAUGUAGUCCUGGAUAAAUACUACAGUCUUUUCUAUCAUUAUUCUCUCACAUUU